AUGAGUAUUAAAUUAAUGAAACAGCGGUGGUUAUCCGAAGUUGGCGAUGCACGGAAUGACCUCAAUGAUGUUAUCGAUAUGGAAAUUGAUGACGAAGGUGAAAGCAAUGUUGAAGGCGAUAAAAAGGUUGAAGAUGAAAGACAGCAGGAAGAAAAAGUCAAAAUUAUGGAAACUGUUGUAAAGCAAGCAAAUAUCAAUGAAAAUAAAACAUCAGAAAAAAGUGAUAACGAAAAUAUUCAACCAGCUUGGUUCGAAAAAAUUGAGGAAAAUGUUAUAUUGUGUGAUGAGAAUCUUAUUAAAGAAGCUAAGGUGGUUAGAUGUUUCUGUGAGCCAACUGAAAACGAAAUAACUGAAGGUCGCGGUUGUGGGCCAGGUUGCAUAAAUAGAGAUCUAUAUACCGAAUGUGGAUCACGUUGUCCGAGUGGACCGAUGUGUUCAAAUCGCCGAUUUCGAAAUAAAGAAUAUGCUAAUGUUGAAGUUUUCCAUGCUGGAAUCAAAGGAUGGGGGCUUCGAGCUGCAGAACCUAUCGAACCUGGUCGGUUUAUCAUUGAAUAUGUUGGUGAAGUUAUUGAUUCGGAGGAAAUGCAAAGGCGUGGGCGAAGGUAUGGCAAGGAUCCAAAACAUAUCCAUCAUUAUUUGAUGGCGUUAAAGAAUGGUGCUGUCAUCGAUGCGACGCAGCGAGGGAAUAUUUCUCGUUUCAUUAAUCAUUCUUGCGAUCCCAAUUGUGAAAGCCAAAAGUGGGCAGUCGAUCGUCAGCUGCGGGUUGGCUUUUUUUCCAUCAGAUCUAUCAAAGUUGGUGAAGAAAUCGUUUUUGAUUAUCAGCUUGAACGUUAUGGUCGUAAAGCACAGCGCUGUUUCUGUGGAGCUUCAAAUUGUCGUGGAUUAAUUGGAGAAGACACUGAUAGCGAUGAUGAUGAGAAAGAAGAUAACGAUUAUCAAGAAAGCGACAAUGAUGGCAAAAUUCCUGAGCAAAAUGGCCUAAUUAAUGUUAGAAUUACACCAGAAGAAGCAGGAAGAAAAACAAGGAAAAAAAAGAAAAGGAUGCGAAAUAUGGAUUUGGUACGGUUCCUAUUUCUUGUUACAGCAAUAAUGGCUGCUUUGAAAAGAGGUGCACCAACAAAUCGUGUUGAAGUUCAAGCUCUUGUUCAGUUGAUGAUUCAAGUCGAACAAGCCCCCCAAAGGUGCAAAUUAAUCAAAUGUAUGCAAUUUGCUCAUCCAGAUGUUCUACGAAUAUUUAUGCAAAAUUGUGGAUUGCGAUUGCUUUAUGUAUUUCUUGCCACCGAUUAUCCGGUUGAUGAUCGACAAUAUGUAUAUGAACUGAUGGUUGCAUCGUUAGAUUUGCUGCAAGUUAUGCCAAUCAUAAAUCGUAACCAAGUUAAUGACAGUCAUUUAGCAGCUACGGUUCAAAAAUUAGCAAACAAGAUUGGGCCAAUAGAUGAAAUAGUUGAAGAAAGAGUUCGUCAUAUGAUAAAUGUUAUUAGUGGAGAUUCGCCUUCUACAUCUGAGUCCUCUUUACCUGGAACUUCAUGUUGCAUUGAUGAAACUUUGGAAAAUCUUCAUUUCAGUUUGGUUUGCAAGGCCAGAAAUCUUAUGCUAAGAUGGAACAGGUUGCGUGAAGAGUUUCGAAUUCCACGGCGAGAAAAGAGCGGAACGCCAGAUGAUGCGAAUGAGCGAAUAGAUAAAGAAGAGAAACUGAGGAGGCGAUCCGUUUUACAAGAAAGUGGAAAAAAAGUGGAAAAUUCUUGGAAAACUAGGCGUAUCGUUCUACCUCAACGUGAAAGGAAUAACGACAAUCGUUUUAUUCGAAAACGAGUUUGGUAUCUCUUUAAUAUUGAAGGAUUUUCGCCCACAUCUAGUGGAGCAGAAGCUGUCCCUUCAAGGCGUUCACGUUUCGACGUUGUCUCAAAAGAUGCGGAUAUGCUGUCUUCAACUUUUGAAGGUUAUACUGAUGAAAACGAAGAAAUGUAUGUGAUACCGCCACCACCAAUGCUUCUUCCUGAGUCAUUGUUUGCUGCGGGAUUACCUACGUUACCUUAUUAUCCUCCUUUCGCUCCUUAUGAUUGGAACGCAGUAUAUGGAGUUUAUGAUUCUGCUUAUCAACAUUUCGACUAUCAACAGCAACAAUAUAAUGUGCAUCAGGAAAUGAACUUGAAAAGUAUAUUGGAGGCUCCUUCUCCUCCUGCUAAUAUUCCAAAAGUGAGCACUGAAUCAUGCGAUUCAAAAAAAAACCUUUUGGUAAUUGAACCAAUUGAUUUGGAUAAAGUUACAGAUGAGCAGAUCGAGAUGAUGGAAAAGCAUUUGGCACUAAUAAAAGAAAAAAGAGCAGAACGAAAAAAAAAAGAGCUUGAGAAUGCAACAUUUACUGCUCCACCACCACCUCCUCCAAGCACUCCACCAAAAAAAUCAAAGGAGUCAAGUUGGACCCUUCCAGAUGAAGGUGAUGAUGCGGCAGAUACUACUUCUGAUAGAAAUGAUUCGCGUGCUAUCUUUAAGGCAACAAUCGCUCGACAUGUUGCUAAUAUUUUGGAUCCUAUUCGUAAGGCUAAAUUCAGCUCGUCAGAUGACUAUAAAUAUGUCUUGAGAAAGUUAACACAUACUAUAUUAGAAAAAGAGUUGAAGAGGAUAGGUGAAGGAGAACUCAAAGUAACAGAUUCGGUAAAAGAAAAAGCUCGACGCUAUGUAUCAGAUUACAUAACACGCCUUGGUGAUGGUCAAUAUUGUAGGAAAAAUAAGCAGCAUAAUGCAUAUUAA